GGUUCCGACAGCAUUGUCUCCGAUCUGAGCAGCAUCGCCAACACCGACAAGUGCGUGGACACCAGCGACCUGCUCCUCAACUACGCGCACGUCGUCAACGCCAUGAGGCAGCACCACGAUCACCAGAAGAGAGUCGGCCACCACGGCAAGAAGAGCCUGAAACGACCCCUGGCCGCAGACGACUUUGGCGGGUCGCAGGGCAGCGACGACACCUCGAGGAAGGACCCCCGCGGCUCCGAGGAUUCUCAGACGAUCGACGAAGGCGUCGCGCCCCGCGAGUUGCAGGACCAACUGGGCGAGCCCGAAGGGGAGUAA